AUGGGUAACUGUAUAGGUUUAUUCAGACGGCGCAAAAUGCGUCGUCAUAUAGUUCUAAUUCUGAUCGGAUUAGACAACGCGGGUAAAACGAAAACUGUAAAUAAUUUAGCUGGAGAAAAUGACGAAAAAGUUUUACCUACGGUUGGUUUUAAGGCUGUUAAUUUAAUACACAAAGAUACACCUGUAACGAUAUACGAUUUGGGCGGCGGACCGCAGUUUAGGCAAAUAUGGUCUCAAUAUUACAGCGAGGUUCAUGGUGUUAUUUUUGUUAUUGAUUCGAGUGAUUUUUCACGGUUGGACGAGUGUAAAGCGGUCCUAGAGGAGGUUUUAUCGCACGAUAAAAUAUCUGGUAAACCCGUCUUAGUAUUAGCUAAUAAGCAAGAUAAGAAAGGUGCUUUAGACGACAUAGAUGUGGUUGAAAAGCUUAACAUCGAACCUUUAGUUAACAGAUACAGAUGCCCAACCUUAGUCGAAUCUUACAGCGCUAGUCCAUACGAUUUAAAAUCGAAAAAACCUAAAAUUGAUCCAGGACUCAGAAAAGGCUACCUAUGGCUCUUAAACUACAUCGUACGCCGAUACGGGGAUAUAAACUUACGCGUUCAGACAGACAUACACGCGGAACUUGAGAGACGUAAACGAAUGCUGACCCGUGCGUCAGACAGAGCUUCUCAAACUUUUACCGCCAUGAGUGAUGACAUCACCACCCAGACUGGUUUCGAAAAUCCCAACUAUCAAAUGCAAAAGUCUGAAAAGGAAAAUGACUUAGACGCUGGUGUAAUAAUCGUUAAACCCAUCAGGAAACCGAAUAGUAUCGAUUCAACUAUUACAAUUGAAAGUGUCGAGGAGUCGGACAGUAGUGGGGUUAGGCCAAAAUUGUCCCCACUUUUCGGUAGGGCGAGCAAUACUUCUACCUCAGAAACUGUAAAGAUUGAGUUGGAGCCCAGGAACGAAUACAGGAAGCUGUCGCCUAUCAUCAGAAGUAGUAACAAGAAUAUGGCCAAUCAUAUUGAUUUCAAAAAUAGACCGCAGUCUAGUCCAACGCACAAUAGAAAGGAGACAUCCCAAUCUAGUCAAAACUCAUCGUUCCAAGAGAACAAAACCGUUGUGUUUGAGAAAAGUCGCACCUGGAUACCGGAUCUUCGUCAUCGUGUGUUGGUCAAUGACAUAGAACUGUCGCAAAUGCAUCGAGAGAUUGUUUUGACUGAACGAGAGCACGUGACUAAAACAGCAUCAUCAGACAUAACGCCGGCUUCGAACACCCUGCCCCUAUCCGCGAGGCCGGCGUCCGCCUCUCAGCUGGUGCGUCGGCAGCUGGAGAUCAGUGGACACCACAAGAGACGACUGAGCCUGAGAUAUAUGCAUCGCAACAAAGCAAGUCCAGAACGCACUUCGAUGUUGAUAUACGAACCUACAAAAGUUCGGCGUAGCCUAGAUAAAGGGGACUUCGAACAAACUGCCGCUAUUAACUAA